AUGCCGGCGGGGCUCUCCUGGCCCGCGGCCGCCGCCGCGGCGCUGCUGGCCCUGGCGCUGCUGGUGGCCCUGUGCCGGGCCCUGUGGGCGCUGCGCUGGAGCCUGAGCAGGGACCGUGUCAGCGCCCUGCCCCUGCCCAAGGGCUCCAUGGGCUGGCCCUUCUUCGGGGAGACCCUGCACUGGCUGCUGCAGGGCUCCCGCUUCCACAGCUCCCGGCGAGAGCGGUACGGCAACGUCUUCAAGACCCACCUGCUGGGCCGCCCCGUGGUCCGGGUGACGGGCGCCGAGAAUGUCCGCAAGAUCCUGCUGGGGGAGGACACGCUCGUCAGCGCGCAGUGGCCGCAGAGCACCCAGAUCAUCCUGGGCUCCCACACCCUGCUUGGCUCCAUCGGCGACCUGCACCGCCAGCGCCGCAAGAUCCUGGCCAGAGUGUUCAGCCAUGCCGCCCUGGAGAGCUACCUCCCGCGGAUCCAGAAGGUUGUGAGAUGGGAGCUGCGGGGCUGGUGCAUGGAGCCGGGCUCCAUCGCAGUUUAUUCCUCCGCUAAAACCUUAACUUUCCGCAUUGCAGCUCGGAUUCUGCUGGGACUCCGUCUGGAGGAAAAGCAGUUCAAGGACCUGGCCAAAACCUUUGACCAGAUGGUGGAGAACCUCUUUUCCCUGCCCCUGAACAUACCCUUCAGCGGGUUGCGCAAGGGAAUCAAAGCACGGGACAUGCUACACAAGCACAUGGAGAAGGCUAUACAGGAAAAACUACAGAAAAACAGCUCGGAAGAUCAUAGUGAUGCUCUGGAUUUCAUAAUAAACAGUGCCAAGGAGCACGGCAAAGAAUUCACGAUGCAGGAGCUAAAGGAGUCAGCCAUUGAGCUCAUCUUUGCCGCCUUCUUCACCACGGCUAGUGCCAGCACCUCUCUGAUCCUCCUGCUGCUCAAACACCCCUCGGCCAUUGAAAGAAUCAGGCAGGAGCUGGUGUCCCACGAGCUGCACAGGUGGUGCCGGUGCGAUGCCGCAGGACUCUGCCCGGGCAGCGGCGGGGGGAAGCGGCCGCCCCUCGCCGCAGCCGGAGAUGCCGGCAAGGACCAGAGCCGGCCCCCGGGUGCACCGGCGGACGGGGAGCCCGGCGGCGGCCGCUUCCCGCAGCCUGGCGGUGCCCGGAGCGGGCAGGAGCCGCCGGAGCCGGGCUGCCGCUGCCUGGCGGGUGUCAGCCUGGAGAAGCUGAGCCGCCUGCGCUACCUGGACUGUGUGGUCAAGGAGGUGCUGCGGCUGCUGCCGCCCGUCUCCGGAGGCUACAGGACGGCGCUGCGGACCUUCGAGCUGGAUGGCUACCAGAUCCCCAAGGGCUGGAGCGUGGUGUACAGCAUCCGUGACACGCACGAGACGGCCGCCGUCUACCGCAGCCCCCCCAGCGGCUUCGACCCGGACCGCUUCAGCACCGCCCGGCCGGAGGCUCCCGGCCGCUUCCACUACAUCCCCUUCGGCGGCGGGGCGCGGAGCUGCAUCGGCGCCGAGCUGGCGCGGGCCAUCCUCAAGCUGCUGGCCAUCGAGCUGGUCAGCACGGCCCGCUGGGAGCUGGCCACCCCCGCCUACCCCGCCAUGCAGACCGUGCCCAUCGUGCACCCCGUCGACGGGCUGCAGCUCUACUUUCGGCCCCUGCAGCCCGAGGCCUGA